AUUCAGCUUUGUCGCACCGAGAAUCGUCAUCACCGGCAACAGACGAUACGCCCAGUUGUCUAAAACCCCGGAGCAUCAUCAACCCUCGGAGACAAAAACAAACAAAAAAACCAAGACCACAGUAACGGGGCAAUCUGUGCCAGGCACUGGUAAAAUCACGCGUAGGUGAAAAAUUGCGACUUUCCGUCGUGUGCAAAUUUGUGUGCCCCAGUGUGUAGUGGGUGUGGGUGUGUUGCUAAAUUGGCGAGAACCAAUUCACCACCCGCGAGUCCGACAGAGUUCACCAUGUACAGCCCCGAGUAUGAGAAACGGUUCAUACAGUUCCGCAGUCCCGCGGCCCGCAAACUGUUCGCGUCGAGUGAAUCUCCUUCGUCGCACGAUCGCUUCAUACCCUGCCGCGCAAACAACAAUUGGACGACAAAUUUUGCAACGAUCAGUACAAAAUCGAACGAAAAUUCACCGCAAUCGAGCAAAAAGCAGCGUGACUGUGGAGAAAAUGCACGGGACAGUUUGGCGUACAGUUGCCUGCUAAGGAACGAGCUGCUCGGGAUGGGCAUCGACGAUGUAAAGCUGGCGGCGGACGAUAAAAAUGGAAGCGGUGGCGGAGGAGGCGGUGGAGGUGGUGGCGGCAAUGGUGGAAGUGGUGGUGGUGGUGGUCUCCAUGCAAACAGCAACCGGACCGGCCUGUUUAAAUAUCAGUCACCGACGAAACAGGAUUACAACGAACAGUGUCCCUACUCACUGUCGCCCGUCAGCAUCAAAAGCCAGAAGUUGUUGCGAUCACCCCGAAAAGCGACUCGCAAAAUCUCCAAGAUACCGUUCAAGGUGUUGGACGCUCCAGAACUCCAGGACGACUUCUACCUGAACCUAGUCGAUUGGUCCGCCCAGAAUGUGCUGGCCGUGGGUCUUGGCAGUUGCGUAUAUCUCUGGAGCGCAUGCACAAGUCAGGUUACGCGGCUGUGUGAUCUUAGCUCCGAUUCCAACACGAUCACGUCCGUCUCGUGGAGCGAACGGGGCCAUCAGCUGGCGGUGGGAACACAGCAUGGAUACGUCACCGUAUGGGAUGUAGCCGCUAGCAAACAGGUUAAUAAAUUGCAAGGCCAUUCGGCACGCGUCGGCGCACUGGCCUGGAACGGGGAUGUUCUAUCGAGCGGGUCUCGGGAUCGUCUGAUCAUGCAGCGUGACACGCGCACACCAUCACAAGUACCGGAGCGAAGGCUUGCCGGCCACCGGCAGGAAGUGUGCGGACUGAAAUGGUCCCCGGACAACCAGUAUCUGGCGAGCGGUGGCAACGAUAACCGGCUGUACGUGUGGAACCAACAUUCAUCCUCACCGGUUCACUCGUACUCGGAGCAUAUGGCGGCAGUGAAAGCGAUCGCGUGGUCACCGCACCAUCACGGGCUGCUUGCCAGCGGUGGUGGUACGGCGGACCGGUGCAUACGCUUCUGGAACACGCUCACCGGUCAGCCGAUGCAGUGCGUCGAUACCGGGUCGCAGGUGUGCAAUCUGGCCUGGUCCAAACAUUCGUCCGAGCUCGUCUCCACGCACGGUUACUCGCAGAAUCAGAUCCUCGUGUGGAAGUAUCCGUCGUUAACGCAGGUAGCCAAACUGACCGGCCACUCGUACCGGGUGCUUUACCUAGCGCUCAGCCCCGACGGUGAAGCGAUCGUGACGGGUGCGGGCGAUGAAACGUUACGCUUCUGGAACGUGUUCAGCAAGGCACGGUCGCAGAAGGAGAACAAAAGCGUACUGAAUUUGUUCACCAACAUUCGGUAAAACACCGGACCCGGCAAAUCCGGCAAAAUUUCAGUCCCAAUCUCAACCGAUGCGCUGCAUUACUGUACAGAAUUCCGAGUCCAGUUCAUUGUUGGGCGAAAGAGCAGCGGCGUGCAGGUUUUUUUUGUUAUGCAGAUAUUUUUUUUAUAAUUUUUUUGUCUUACCUACCUUACUGAACAUAAUUCGUUAUCAGUUGCUCCUCAAAAUAGUGGGUGAGAAAUUCCCACGGGUUUUGAAAUGUGUACGGGCGAUAACAGCAGUUGCACAGCAAGCGUUAGGAUUCAAGCGUAAUAUGUAACUUUAUUUGUGAAUGUAUUUUCUAUGAUAUUUUGUAAAAGAUGUUUAUUAGUCUUACUGAAAUGAUGUUACAGUAGUUGCUUAAACGAGUCUAAGUUUUUCAUCGCAUCCACACGUUCUUUGCAGCGUGUGAUCAGAAGGUUAAAGUUUUUGCUUUGGUGCACUUAAGAAAAAGGGAUAAUUUAUGCAUCUAACAGAUGCAACAGAGUCGCAUCGACUUUUCUUAUUUUUUCUUUAGUUAAUUAGUUUUACAUUUUAAGUUUUGUCGGCGCCAUCAUUCAUUUUCGCUACCAUCAUUGAACUGGAUAAAACUUGCGGGGGUUAAAAUGAUUGAAAAAUUAACGUUUAAUAUUAGAUGUACGGUUAGGUUAGAUAUAAUUUUCCUUUUUUCGUCUAAGAAAAAUCAGAUUCAAGAAUAUGGUACGUACCACUCUAUAAAGCGGUACCCUUAGUAGUGUGUUAAAAUCGCUAAUAUAUUAGAUAGAGGCAUUAAUUUGGGUGAGAAAAUUUCAUAUGUUUAGCAAUAAUGCCAACCGUAAGCUGGGAAUGAGUAGUGCAUUUAUACUGUUAAAAAUCCUAAUAACGUUCUAAUAAGAAGAGGAACGAAAAAUAUAGCAAAACGAAACACAAAAUGCCCCUUCACUUCUUAAAGUUUCACAUGAAGCGAUUGCUAAACAUUUGAAACGAUUCUCCAAAAAUUGUACAUACUUCCAACGCAAGUACGUACCCACGUAACAUGUGCCGGCUUCCCUAAUUAGUUGUGUAAUUAUUUAUAUUUAAAAUUAAUUUCAUUGAACAUUCUGAAAAGUGUGUGUUCUGCAAAUGAUAUUGGUAUCGUGUGAACUUUGUGUCUUGUUGUGCAAUGGCACCCUCGAAAAUAUUGAUUGAACCUCGAGUGAAAGAUUUUUAGUGAGAAUGUGAGAAUCACGAAAGCAAAUCCUUUCCCUUUGACGUUCGAUUUUUACUUUUACUUUAAGAAGAUUUAUUUUGCCGUUGGAAAAAAAUCGAUCCGGGAUAAACAUUGUGUUACUGUCUAUUGUAGUUGUAGUUUAGUGGUAAGAUGCGUAUGCCGAACACAUAACUUAAGUGCUACCAAGGAAGCAAAGUGUCUUCAAAGUACUGCCUACCUUUGAGGUGUGUUGAAUACUGACGAGGUCUCAUUAGCGUUAAGCAACACAUGUGCGUUUAGUACGAACGGCGGGGGGGAAGCGUAUGAAAUGGUGUGUGGAAUGGUCGUGGUCAAAAUAAAUUUGAGCAAAUAACAAUA